AGUGCUUCUGCUGCCAGCAGCAUGGAGGUGACAGACCGCAUUGCUUCACUUGAACAACGUGUUCAGAUGCAGGAAGAUGACAUUCAGUUGCUCAAGUCCGCUCUGGCAGAUGUUGUUAGACGCCUGAAUAUUACUGAGGAGCAACAGGCCAUGCAAAGCAAGAAAGGACCUACCAAAGCAAGACCACUAGUUCAAACACUACCUUUAAAGACUACUGUCAAUAAUGGAACUGUCUUACCAAAGAAAUCCAGUGGUCCUCUACCUUCUCCAUCAGGAACUAGGAAAGAAAUUGUAUCACCAGCAGCAAAAAGCACUAUUAAAAGAACCAACUCAGCUGAACGUGUCUCUCCUGGUGGUCGAAGGGAAAGCUAUGGAGAUUCCAAAGGCAGUCGCAAUCGGGCUGGAUCCACAAGCAGUUCAUCUAGUGGUAAAAAGAACAGUGACUGCAAACCCAAGGAACCAAUGUUCAGUGCAGGGAAGCGUCGUGUGACACAUUGUAAAGAGGAAGGGUAUGUUAAAAUGUUUCUACGUGGACGUCCUGUUACCAUGUACAUGCCAAAAGAUCAAGUGGAAUCUUACAAUUUGGAAGCAAAGGCAGAAUUACCAGCCAAGAAGCUUAAACUGGAAUGGGUCUAUGGUUACAGAGGUCGGGAUUGUCGCAAUAAUCUGUAUCUUUUACCAACCGGAGAAACUGUUUAUUUCAUUGCAUCUGUUGUUGUAUUGUAUAAUGUUGAAGAACAACUGCAAAGACAUUAUAUUGGUCACAAUGACGAUGUGAAAUGCCUAGCAGUACAUCCUGACAGGAUUACCAUAGCAACUGGUCAAGUCGCAGGGACAUCUAAGGAUGGAAAACAAUUACUGCCCCAUGUCCGCAUCUGGGACUCUGUUACUUUGAAUACACUACAUGUAAUUGGCAUGGGAUUCUUUGAUCGAGCUGUCACAUGCAUUGCGUUUUCUAAGUCAAAUGGAGGCAGUAACCUGUGUUCGGUGGAUGACUCCAAUGACCAUGUGCUUUCAGUAUGGGACUGGCAGAGGGAAGAAAAGGUUGCAGAGGUCAAGUGCUCUAAUGAAGCCGUAUUUGCCGCUGAUUUUCACCCCACAGACACUAAUAUAAUAGUCACAUGUGGAAAAUCUCACCUUUAUUUUUGGACGAUUGAAGGGAAUUCUCUUAUUAAAAAGCAGGGAUUAUUUGAGAAACAAGAAAAGCCAAAGUUUGUCUUGUGUGUGACAUUUUCUGAAAAUGGCGAUACAAUCACAGGAGAUUCAAGUGGAAAUAUCUUAGUAUGGGGAAAAGGUACCAACAGAAUAAGUUCUGCAAUCCAAGGCGCUCAUGAAGGAGGCAUAUUUGCCCUUUGUAUGUUGCGAGAUGGCACCCUUGUGUCUGGAGGUGGAAAGGAUAGAAAGUUGAUAUCUUGGAAUGGGAAUUAUCAGAAAAUUCACAAAACCGAGAUUCUGGAACAGUUUGGUCCUAUAAGAACAAUAGCCGAAGGGAAAGGUGACAUUGUAUUGAUAGGAACCACUCGAAACUUUGUGCUACAAGGUUCUUUGUCAGGAGACUUUUCUCCCAUAACCCAGGGCCAUACUGAUGAGCUUUGGGGACUAGCAGCCCAUCCCAUCAAGCCUCAGUUCUUCACAUGUGGGCAAGAUAAACACAUUAUGCUCUGGGAUGCAAUCAGUCAUCGUCCAAUCUGGAACAAAACUAUAGAGGAUGCAGCACAGUCUUCUGGUUUUCAUCCUUCAGGGUCUGUGGUUGCAGUAGGAACACUAACUGGAAGGUGGUUUGUGUUUGAUACUGAAACAAAGGAUUUAGUCACUGUACACACUGAUGGAAAUGAACAGCUGUCCACAAUGCGUUACUCACCAGAUGGCAACUUCUUGGCAAUAGGUUCUCACGACAAUUCUAUUUAUAUAUAUAGUGUUAAUGACAAUGGAAGAAAAUACAGUAGAAUUGGCAAAUGUUCAGGUCAUUCAAGUUUCAUUACUCACUUGGAUUGGUCUGCUAACUCUCAGUAUCUUGUGUCUAAUUCAGGGGACUAUGAAAUCCUAUACUGGGUUCCUUCAGCUUGUAAGCAAGUAGUAAGUGUUGAAACCACAAGAGAUAUAGAAUGGGUUACUUAUACCUGCACUCUAGGAUUUCAUGUUUUUGGUGUGUGGCCAGAAGGUUCAGAUGGCACAGAUAUAAAUGCUCUUUGUCGUUCACAUGAAAGAAAAUUAUUAUCAACUGGUGAUGAUUUUGGCAAAGUACAUCUCUUCUCUUAUCCAUGUUCACAGUUUAGGGCUCCAAGUCACGUGUAUGGCGGACAUAGUAGUCAUGUAACCAAUGUAGAUUUUCUAUAUAAAGAUACACAUCUCAUCUCCACAGGUGGAAAAGAUACCAGUAUUAUGCAAUGGCGAAUUAUUUAGAAGAAUCCUUGCAUGAAACUAUAUGUGCAAACAAGAACUGGCCUUGCAUCAAAGUUCUGUACAAAAUGUAUAUUGAAAAUUUAACAGUAAGGUUACUGUCUUCUAGCCUAGUCACUGUGAUUUUGAAAUUCUUACAAACCUCAGGAAAGUUAAGUCUUUGGCUACUUACCAUACUUAUUUUGGUUAUUCAUUACGCAUCACUUCAAAAAACAAUUAUCAUCUCUCUGUUUUUGUUGUACAUUAUAUGAAGAAAUUCAAGUUUAAAAUGAAGUAAUGGCUUGAAUAUUUAUGCAAUACACAUAAAAAAAACUUUUAUAGUAAAUAGUCACCAAAAAGCUUAUUCUAAUAUUACACAUGGCUGCUUCGCUGUUCUAUUAUUUACACACUUUGUACUGUCUAAAUACAUUGUUAGAAUAUAAACGGUUGCAAAAAUGAUGGUACAUCUAUUUAUAAUAAACAGUGAAGAAAGCAGACAGAAACUUUAGACCAAGGUGAAAUAAGUAAACAAGCCACAAAGCACUGCUGUUCUGUGUCGUUCAUUUCAAUGGGACCUUCAUAGGUUUGCCUGUGAAAUGAAAUGAACGGUUCACACAACAUUUUUGGCCAAAUUGCUAUCAGAGUUAUAAGCCCUUUAAAAGAGGAAAUGUGAAAAUAAGAAUUUUCAUGAACUUGCGACUAAUGAAUUGUUUUCAGUAAGAUUAACAUUGUUGGAUUGUGCUUUGAUUUCAUUAUCUCUGAAAUUAAACAUACGUAGAACUACUGCAUCUCUGCUGCAGAAAUCCAGAUGAAUGCCAGAUGGUAGCAAGGAGAUAAUUUUUUUUUAUCGCCAUCUAAUGCUCAUUCAGACUUUUGCAGCACAGAUGUGGUGGCCCUAAAUAUGGACUACCACAAUUUAACUUGAAUAUAUGAGCAGGAAUUACAGCUCCAACUUAAGCUGAAAGAUAAAAAUUUAAUGAACAUUUCUUAUAAAUAAUGAACCUACUUGAUCCCAUCUCAGAUGUUUGAUUGAUAAAGGAAAUCAUUCUGUAUGUUGAUCAGCAUGAAUGUUUAUACUUGUGUAAAAAAGGUUAGAAAUUCAUAAGAAAUAGUAACUCAUUCAAAGUUUUACUUGUCUUUUGCUUAUGGAUAUUGUAUAUUUGUAUUUUAAGGCCCAGUAGAUCAUGUACAAAGAGAUCUUUUUAAGGUUACUAUAAACCAGCAGAGGAAAUGGGAAAAUAAACGUGAACCAUUAAGAAAGAUUUCUGGUCCCUGGAGCUAAUAUAUUUGCUAUGUUUUUAGAUGUGUCAGUGCAGCAGUGUUCAGUUCAAGAGAUCUGUAGUCCCAGUUACCUUGCAAUAUUGCAGAGGCUGCCUGGUGUCAAAUCAUGUAAUGCAACUACUUGGCAAAACAUAACAUUUGGGAAUGCCCUGCAUAUCAAUGAACAAUUUAUCCCUUUUUGCUAUGUGUUUUUCAUGGAUUGAUAUGUAUAGUACAAGAAGAUAUUGUGUUUUGCAAUGAAGACAGACUGGAGAUAGUGUAAAAUAACUCAGGUGGCCUUAACAAUUUUUCAUUGUGAAACAAACUGAAAAUUAUUGUUUAUAUUGGGGAAUGUAUCUAAAUAUUUGAAAUGAGCAAAGUUAUAAGCAGGCUCUGAAAAGCUAAAUGGUAAAGAUUUUUUCCCCCCUCAAGUGGAAAGGAAACAUGAAUUAACUGAACUCUGAAUGAGGGUUUUUAGAGUUUUAAUAAGUUGGAAGCUUUUUAAAUUACAUCUCCCACCUGCUACACUGAAAAUGCAGGACACCAAUAAACAUUAGUGCACUGUUCUGAUUUAUGUUAUACCUUUCAAUGUGAGUUAAAUUUGACAUUAAAACUUUUAAUGUAGUACUACACAAGAUUAGAACUUUCCAAAGCAAUCUGAAUCUGCAUGAACUUUGCCUUUGUAUUUGUAAUUAUUAGCUUUUAUUCAGAGAAUGUGAAAUCAGACCUUCAGUGCUGGAUUCCUGUAUGUAAACUUAUUGAUAGAAUUUAUUUGUUGCAUCAUGUGGCUAAGGACUUGAAGCAAAUUGUAGUGAACGCUACAAUAAAUCAGAAUAUUUGUAUCAAAGCAUCUAAAGUCAAUAAAACCUUUAAUAAAAUCAGUGCUAGAUAAAGUAACAAUAUUAACAGACUUUAGGAAUCAAAAAUAGAGAAAAAAAAUC